CCACCUUUCUUAUUCCAUUCUUACCCUACUUUUUUUAUCUUAAACUCUCUCUAUCUCCAUUUUUGAAUGCAUAUAAUUUAAGUAAGUUAAUUUAAGUUAGUGGAUGUAGAAAUGGCAGCUCCAAAUAUGGCUGCAAUAACUGCAUCCUUAGAGAAAUCUCUUCAAAACUGUUCUCUAAGCCACCAAGAAAGCAGCACCCCUGGCGGCGGCGGCGGGGUGGUUGAUGGAGCGGGGCUUGGCCACUCAGCCACUUCAACUUCACCGGAAAAUCAUCAUUUGGAUGCCGCUUUAGAACUCAAUUCCCAAAUCACACUCCCUUUCCAUUGGGAACAAUGCCUAGAUUUGAAGACUGGUGAAAUAUACUACAUAAAUUGGAGAACGGGAAUGAGAGUGACCGAGGAUCCGAGGACCACCGUCGAGUGCCAUGGGGAUUUAUACUCUGAAGACGAUUGCAGCUCGUAUGACAGUGAGGAAUCAUCAUCCGAGCCUUCACAUUCAUCAAAACGGAAUCAUAAUCAAGAUUAUAAUGAUCAUCAAAGCAAUGAACAAGAGAAUCUGAAUGUGCUUGUCGUGGCUGGGUGCAAACGGUGUUUAAUGUACCACAUGGUUCCUAAACAGCUCCAAGAUUGCCCCAAAUGUUGCGGUCAACUUAUCUACUUCGAUCGAUCCGAAAAUGGCUCUCCAUAAAUCAUUUUUAAUUAUCCUUCCUUUUCUGACAUGUUUGAUAACAUGGAUUAGACAUUACUCGAUAGUUUGUUCAUCGAACUAUCGAGUGGAGUCUAAUAUUGUACACGAACAUGCUUUUAUGUUUGCGCUUUUCUCUUAUUUUUUUUGAAUGGAGUGUUAAGAAUGUGGAUUUGGAUGUAGAACCAGACCAAAGGGCUACUAUUCUUAUUGCUAAAUUUAAGAUUAUGUUAAGAUUUUGUGGUG